GUGUGUGUGUGUGUGUGUGUGUGUGAUGCUGUUGUGCCCUGCUGCCAUUUCCUCUCCGUGGAUCUUCAUCGAAAUAUCCACAGCUCGUGAGCGGUGAUCUGAGCUGUGAUUAUCUGGAUGUGUGUCCGGCUGGAUGAAGGUUUGAAAACAGGCUGGAUCAGGUCGAUGGUGACGGGAAAAGGCGCACAUAGAUCCGGCUGUAUCUGUUAGCAGGAGCACAGGCUAGUCUAGAGGAUCAUUUCUGAAGCAUCAACACCGACAUGGGGUUGUCCUUUCACUGGUUCUAAGCUCGGAGAUUAAAGGUUUUAUUUUGCUGAAACAUGGAGACAAUAUGGCUUUAUCAGUUCCGUCUAAUCGUCAUCGGAGACUCCACGGUGGGGAAGUCGUGUCUGAUCCGGAGGUUCACAGAGGGUCGCUUUGCUCAGGUGUCAGACCCGACUGUGGGUGUGGACUUCUUCUCCCGCCUGGUGGAGAUCGAGCCGGGCAAAAGAAUCAAACUGCAGAUCUGGGACACGGCAGGACAGGAGAGGUUCAGGUCUAUCACCAGAGCGUACUACCGUAACUCCGUGGGUGGGCUCUUGCUCUUUGACAUCACAAACCGCCGCUCCUUCCAGAACGUUCACACCUGGCUGGAGGAGGCGCAGAGCCACGUCCAGCCGCACAGCAUCGUCUUCCUGCUGGUGGGUCACAAGUGUGACCUGGAGGCCCAGCGUCAGGUGACCCAGCAGGAGGCAGAGAAGCUUGCGGGGGCUUUCGGGAUGCGCUACGUUGAGACAUCGGCCAGAGAGGCCAUCAACGUGGAGAAGGCGUUCGUGGAUCUAACGAGGGAUAUCUUCGAGCUGGUACGGACCGGCGACAUCAAGAUCCAGGACGGCUGGGAGGGCGUCAAGAGUGGAUUUGUUCCCAACACGGUCCACUCCUCAGAGGAGGUCACCAAAGGCAGCCGGCAGUGCUUCUGCUGACUCCCCUGUCUGCAGCACGACGGGUGACAGGCUGUAAUUUCUAGGACUCCCUGUGUUGGAGAUCUCUCUCACCUUGCCUGCAGUCAGACCAGUUUUUCCUCUUCUUUUGGGACUGGUAAUAUUCCCCCGCUCAGCCACACACUUUACUUCAUAUAUGAGACUUUGUUUUAUCUUUCUGGUGCCUGUUUCCAACUCUGUCUCGACCUCAGACACUUUGUUCCUAAGAGGCGUAGAAGCACAAGAAGCAUCCUAACCUCCUCACUGUAGUGUGUGUGUGUGUGUGUGUGGGUGUGCAUGUGUGUGUGUGACUGUAAUCCUGCAGCUGUUUCCAACACUUCAGCUUUAACACUUCUCUCUGCCUUUUCCUGACGUGUACAGUUAGACUCCCGUGGCCGGUUAUGUUGUUGCCACACAUCUGUUAAGGACUAAUGCUGUUCGUGUCGUGUGUUCUAUGAUGUUAACUUAAAUCUGAGUCUGUGAGCCAAGACUGAGCCGGUUUCUCUGCUGUCCUUCAUAACUCUUAUGAAUAUGUGAAUAAAACAGGACGGACUGAGCUGCACUACAGAUCUGAGAGGGUACAGGAUGAUGAUGAAAGUGAACUCUGAUAGGAAACCUUUGAGAAUCUGUGGUUUGUUUGUCUGACUGAAGAGGACUGCAGAAAAGUUUGCACUGUGAAAAUGUUCAGCGGUACAUUUUUGUCUUCUGAAAGGAAAAAAAAAACCUGUAGCUGCUUACUUAUUUAUAGCCAUUAUUAACUCAUCAUAGUGAGGACUCUGUUAUUAAUAAGGCAACAACCCAGUUUGUGUUUACUUCCCUGUGACGGUUUACUGACGAGAACAGUUACGCCAUAAUCGCCUUUUGUAUGGAAGCCCAAAGUGAUCAAUAUUAAUGAAAUAAAGCAAACCUUUUGAGAACAAA